UGUGCUAAGCUGUAGUUGCGGUAGUUCUAUAUCUCGGACACAUCACAGCGACCAGUAGUCUAACUCUGACAUCGGAGAACCAUGAAGGUCGUUGUAUGUCUCCUCCUAGCUGUCGCCGCGGUCUCUGCCGCACCAAGUGAGAUCUGUGGACCUGUUUGCAUGAUCUACUGUCCUUUUGGCAACGUCCUCGACAGCAGCGGCUGCCCCACCUGCAAGUGUAACUGGCCUGAACCCUCUGACGCCCCCGAGCCUGCAAAGAAGGCCAUCUGCUUCAACCCCCAGAUGGCAUUGUGCGAUCUGUAUUGCCCAACAGGGAGGAUGGCUCACGAUUCCCAGGGAUGCCCCAUCUGCAGGUGUGAAACCAACACCAUCCUGCCAUAGGCCAUCAACUACGACUUCAAAUAAAUCAUUCCAACAUAAAA